UUAACCUAUCUCUCUCCUUGGCCUCCUUUUGUUAUUUGUGCCCCUUUAUUCGGCUUCCAUUCGGCCUCCAUUCGGCCUCGUCGCCUUCCCUUUCGUUGGAUAAUUUUCUUCUUUCCAGGAGUAUCUAUUUUUUUCCGAUCAAUUAGAUCUCUGCACAACCCACUUGAGCCAAAAAAAAUUACAGUCAGCCAUGACGCUUGGCUCAGGAGGAUCGGGUGUAGUGGUCCCUCGAAAUUUCAGAUUGCUGGAGGAACUUGAACGUGGAGAAAAGGGUAUUGGUGAUGGCACUGUGAGCUAUGGAAUGGAUGAUGGAGAUGAUAUUUACAUGCGGUCUUGGACUGGCACCAUUAUUGGUCCUCAUAAUUCCGUACAUGAAGGUCGCAUUUAUCAGUUGAAGCUGUUUUGUGACAAAGAUUAUCCAGAGAAGUCACCAAGUGUUCGCUUCCAUUCACGGAUCAACAUGACUUGCGUCAACCAUGAAACCGGAGUGGUGGAGCCUAAAAAGUUUGGACUUCUGGCUAAUUGGCAACGAGAGUACACCAUGGAAGACAUUCUGACACAGCUGAAAAAAGAAAUGGCAGCCCCACAAAAUCGUAAGUUGGUCCAGCCUCCUGAAGGUACCUAUUUCUAGUGUAAGGACUAUAUAGACUUCAUGGACCGUAUGGAAAUCUAUAGUUUGUAACGUUGUGUCAAUUCUGUCGAAGUUGAGAAUGUGCAGGGGAAUGCCUCAAAAAGCUUCUCCUAUUACUCUUAUGGUUUUUGAUCUGUUCAACUGCUGUCUUCUUUUGUUAACUAUGAUGCUUGUUUGAUUAAUGGGAUGCUUCUGUGUAGCAAUGUGUGAUUAUAAUUAAUCUCAUCUUUGGUUGGUU